AUGAUAAAAAGGCCAGAAGAUUCGAGCUUCAGAAUGAGGGGUUUGGUGGUGCUGCUGUGCGCGGUGGCGGCGGUGAGCGCCGUCUCCUUCUUCGACCUGGUCAAGGAGGAGUGGGACGCCUUUAAGAUGGAGCACAAGAAGGAGUAUACAAGCGAGGUGGAGGACAGGUUCCGGCUGAAGAUAUACGCGGAGAACAAACACAAAAUCGCUAAGCACAACCAGCGCUUCGCCAAGGGCCUCGUCACCUACCGCUUGAGGCAGAACAAGUACGGCGACAUGCUCCACCACGAGUUCGUACACACAAUGAACGGCUUCAACAAGACCGUGAAGCACAACCGCGCCCUCUACGGCAAGGGCGCUGAGCUCCGCGGCGCCACCUUCCUGCCGGCAGCGAAUGUCCGCUACCCGGAGCAGGUGGACUGGCGCAAGCAGGGCGCCGUCACCGACAUCAAGGACCAGGGCAAGUGCGGCUCCUGUUGGUCCUUCAGCGCGACGGGCGCUUUGGAGGGUCAGCACUACCGCAAGAGCGGCUACCUGGUCUCCCUGUCGGAGCAGAACCUGAUCGAUUGCUCGUCCGCGUACGGCAACAACGGCUGCAACGGCGGCCUUAUGGACAACGCCUUCAAGUACAUAAAGGACAACCGCGGGAUCGACACCGAGCGCAGCUACCCCUACGAGGCGGUGGACGACAAGUGCAGGUACAACCCUAAGAACUCUGGUGCCGACGACGUGGGCUUCGUGGAUAUUCCGAACGGCGACGAGGAGAAGCUGAUGCAGGCGGUGGCCACCGUGGGCCCGGUCUCCGUUGCCAUCGACGCCUCCCAGGAGAGCUUCCAGUUCUACUCGGACGGCGUCUACUACGACGAGAACUGCUCCUCCUCAUCCCUGGACCACGGGGUGCUGGUGGUGGGCUACGGCACCGAUGAGAAAGGUGGCGACUACUGGCUGGUGAAGAACUCCUGGGGCCGCACUUGGGGUGACCUCGGCUACAUCAAGAUGGCGCGGAACAGGGACAACCACUGCGGCAUCGCAUCUGCCGCCUCCUACCCCCUCGUC